UCAUGCUGCUCUCUCACGCGGAGCUAUGGAGAGCGUGCCUGGAGCGCGUGUCCAGGCCGUGCGCGGUGGUCCUCGGCGCCGUUACCGCCGCCCUGUACUACCUCUGGCGCCGCGCGGGGCAGAGUCCUGUGUUGGUGUGUAGCGAUGGCUUCCGGGUGUUUCUCCAGCGCCACUGUCCCGUGGUGGCGGAGUGUUUCCGACCCACGCCCUGGUGCUGGGGGGGGCGCCUGCAGACGCUCGUGCGCGCCCUCAUCAAGUCCAGCCCCCACGUCACCUACAGGAAUGAGCUGAUCCAGACGUGUGACGGGGGUCAGAUCUCUCUGGACUGGAUGGAUAACUGUGUGUGUGUGUGUGUGUGUGUGUGUGUGUGUGUGUGUGUGUGUGUGUGUGCGCGUGUGCGCGCCCUCAUCAAGUCCAGCCCCCACGUCACCUACAGGAAUGAGCUGAUCCAGACGUGUGACGGGGGGCAGAUCUCUCUGGACUGGACCGAUAACUGUGGGAGCGAGCAGUACCCCGGCGGUGCUGUCCGGCCCACGGUGCUGAUUCUGCCGGGCCUCACCGGGAACAGCCAGCAGACCUACGUGCUCCACGCCGUCAGCCAGGCCACACGCAGAGGCUAUCGGUGUGUGGUCUUCAAUAACAGAGGCUUCGGAGGAGAGGAGUUGUUGACCCCGCUCACGUUCUGUGCGGCGGACACCUCGGACCUGGAGCGGGUGGUGAUGCAUGUGAAGGAGCUCUACCCACAAGCCCCUCUGCUGGGCACGGGAGUGUCACUGGGAGGCAUGCUGCUGCUGAACUACCUGGCGCGGAAGGGCAGCGAAGCGGGGCUCCUGGCGGGCAUCACCAUGUCCGUCAGCUGGGACACGCUGGAGUCCUGCGCCUCACUCGAGCAGCCAAUCAACUGGCUGCUCUUCAACCGCCACCUCACCGGCAACCUGUGCCGCACCAUCAAACGGCACAGGAGGAUUCUGGAGACCGUGGUGGACGUGGACCAUGUGCUGAAGGCCCGCUCCAUCCGUGAGUUUGACGAGCGCUUCACGUCCGUGAUGUUCGGGUUCGAGUCUUGUCUGGACUACUACCAGGCUGCCAGUCCCGGGUACAAACUGCCCAUGACCACCGUGCCCGUCCUGUGCCUCAACGCUGCCGACGACCCCUUCUCUCCUCAACACGCCCUCCCUGUGUCUCUGGCCCAGAGGCUGCCCAAUGUGGCCCUGCUGGUGACGUCCCACGGGGGCCACAUUGGGUUCCUGGAGGGCCUGUGCCCGCGGGGCGAGGGGUACAUGGACCGCCUGUUCGGCCAGUUCGCCCAGGCCGUGUUUGAGCACCCGUCCGCCCUGAAGCUGGCCUGCACCGCCACCGACGACGACGACCCCCAGACGACCCCCCCGUGACCCCCUGACCUCGUGACCCCAGGCCAUGUUUGAGCACCCGUCCGCCCUGCAGCUGGCCUGCACCGUCACCGACGACGACGACCCGCCGACGACCCCGUGACCUCACUAGCCCCGCCCCCUUGCACUAACCUUCAUCUCAGGACCCCAUCUGUCAGCCAAUCAGAGCAGCGUAACACGGCAGCCAGAGCACGGCAGCCAAUCAGAGCAGCGUAACACGGCAGCCAAUCAGAGCAGUGUAGACUCCCCAGAGAAGGAGGCUUUUAGAGACUAAAGACUUAAAGAAUAACCCCACACACACACACACACACACACACACACACACACACACACA